AUGCGCAUCUUCCUCCUCCCCCUCUCCACGCGGCGCACGUUUCUCUACGCCCAGCGCCUGCACGCAACGACGUCGCCGCCCAACACGUCGCUGCUCGACCGCGGCACCGCCUUCGCCGCGCGCAAAUGGUCCGAAUGGGAAAAGAAGCCCUCGGGCUGGCAGAAGAAGGUGGUCGAGUACGGGAACCACGCCUUUCGAAGGAUCCCCUACGAGGAAUGGGGGCUCAAGAGCGUGCCGCCGCUGUCGACGCGCCGCAGGCAAGACGAAAUCGAGGGCAGGGAGAAGGUCGAGCUGGUGUAUCCGGGAAGCGUCCUGCGCGACGAGGAUGUGCUACGGGUGACGGGCCAGCUGGCCGGCGAGAGGGAGGGUUUGCACCGGCGGCGGUUGAUGUGGUGUUUUGUCGGGAUGCCCAUAACGCUGCCCUUUGCGUUGGUGCCCAUAAUCCCUAACCUGCCGUUCUUCUACCUCGUGUACCGCGCCUGGUCGCACUGGCGCGCCAUCGCCGGCGGCAAACACAUCCAAUGGCUCGUCGAGCAGAAGCUGCUCAAACCCGCGCCAUCGUCUACGCUGGACAAACUGUAUGGCCAGGCGCCCAAGCUUGCGGCGUCGGUCUCGCCAGUCGACAAGGAGCGGCUACUCUUGACGCAGGAACAGGUCACGUCGUUCUCGGAGAGUCUGGAUAUCCCUGCGCUGGAGAUUGAGCUAGAGAGGGCGAUAUGGCAGGUCGAGCAGGCGCUUCAGAAGGCCGACGAGCAGCAGCAGCAGCAGCAGCAGACGCAGAAGCACGGAGACGGCACAAACGCAAAUCACGACGUCAAGAGUAAAGAUUCAAAAGAGAAGCAAUAA